AUGGAUGGGCUGUUAAAGAGUUCACCCGAUCAACCAAUAGCACAACAGACGCAGAUGGGCUGGAUUUUGUCUGGUUCAAUAACAAAAUCAUUCAACUGUCAUGUGGUGAUCAAUAACAUCGAAGAUAUCAGCAAUUAUUGGGAGUUGGAGGAUAUCACAGAGACAAAACGACAGUUAACUAAAGAUGAACAAUUCUGCGAAGACUACUACACCAAAACGACACGUCGCUUAACAAAUGGGACAUAUGAAGUGAGAUUGCCUAUGAAAGAAGGCUUUGAAAAGCAAUUAGGCCAAUCGAAGCCUACGGCCGUUGCACAAUACAUGCAAUUAGAGCGCAAGCUAGCGAAGAACCCACAGCUAAGCGAAAGGUAUCAUGCAUUUAUGAAGGAAUACGAUGCCAUGCACCAUAUGAAAAUCUGUACAGAUAAAAGAAGUACAGAAUGCUAUCUUCCACACCACGGAGUGUUAAAAGAAGAUUCUACCACCACAAAAUUACGAACCGUUUUUAAUGCAUCGCAACUAACAUCGUCUGGCUAUAGCUUAAAUGAUUUGAUGGAGUGCGGUCCUAAGUUGCAAUCCGAUCUGCAGCUAUUGUUAUUGAGUUGGCGAGGUUACAAAUAUGUUUACACAGCGGACUGCGAAAAGAUGUACCGUAUGAUUUGGCUCCAUGAGGAGGACCAACACCUGCAAAAGAUCAUCUGGAGAGAUCAACACAAUAUCCUCAGAGAAUAUCAACUUUGCACUGUAACAUAUGGUAUGAAAGCGGCCCCUUUUCUCGCUAUUCGAACAUUGCAACAAUUGGCAAACGAUGACGCAUCAUUGUAUCCGUUAGCAGCUGACGUUCUGAAAAAUAAAUUUUAUGUGGAUGAUCUUUUACAUGGCAACAACAGCAUAGAAGAGGCAAAGCAAGUCUAA